AUGACGACCGUGGAGAAAAUCAAGGCCAUCGAGGAUGAGAUGGCCCGGACCCAGAAAAACAAGGCCACCGAGAAACAUUUGGGUAUGUUGAAGGCCAAGAUCGCAAAGCUGAAGAACGAGUUACUAAAAGACGCCAACUCUGGUGGAGGAGCUGGAGGUCCUGGUUUCGACGUGAAGAAAACCGGUGAAACGAUUGGUUUUAUUGGUUUCCCAUCCGUUGGAAAAAGUACGUUGCUUUCAAAACUCACAGGAACCCAUUCGGAGGCCGCUGCCUACGAAUUCACAACCUUGACUACUGUCCCUGGUGUUAUUAGGUAUAAAGGAGCCAGAAUCCAAAUGUUGGAUCUUCCAGGUAUUAUUGAAGGAGCCAAAGACGGACGUGGUAGAGGAAAACAGGUGAUUGCGGUGGCGCGGUCUUGUGAUCUCAUCUUCAUUGUCUUGGAUGUGAACAAGCCGUUGCAUCACAAAAAGAUCAUCGAGAACGAGCUGGAAGGAUUUGGUAUUCGGUUGAACCAGCAACCGCCAGACAUUUUAAUUAAGAAGAAGGAAAAGGGAGGAAUCAGUAUCACAAGCACAGUGGCUUUGACCAAGAUAGAUCACGAUCAGGUCAAGGCUGUUUUACAAGAAUAUAGAAUGAACUCAUGUGACGUCCAGUUCCGGUGUGAUGCCACUGUGGACGAUCUGAUCGACGUGAUUGAGAUCCGCAACAGAAGAUACAUUCCUGCGAUCUAUGUUUUGAACAAGAUCGACUCCUUUUCGAUCGAGGAGCUGGACUUGUUGUACAGAAUUCCAAAUGCCGUUCCAAUUUCCUCGGGAAGUGGAUGGAACUUGGACGAGUUGUUGGAGAUGAUGUGGGACAGAUUGCAAUUGGUGCGAGUGUACACGAAGCCGAAGGGCAAGCUGCCUGACUUCAGCGACCCUGUUGUUUUGCGGACGGGUAAGUGUACGGUUGAGGAUUUCUGUAACAAGAUCCACAAGUCCUUGGUGGACGAUUUCAGAACAGCCUUGGUGUUUGGCACGAGCGUGAAACACCAGCCUCAGUACGUUGGACUGAGUCAUGUUUUGGAAGACGAGGAUGUGAUUACGAUCUUGAAGAAAUGA